AUGGCUUCAAUGAUAUCCGCCCUCAACGCCAAAAUCCGGAGCAAUCCGACGACAAACUACAUUUGCUCCACCCAUUUCUGGGGACCGGUUUCCAACUUUGGAAUCCCCGUCGCAGCAGUGUUGGACAUUACCCGAAAGGACCCUGAGGUUAUCUCAGGAAAGAUGACCGCUGCGCUUCUCGUCUACUCUGCUGUCUUCAUGAGAUACUCAUUGGCUGUUACUCCUAAGAACUACCUCCUCUUCGGAUGCCACUUUGUCAACGAGGCUGCCCAGCUCGCCCAGAGCUACCGUUACCUUAACUACUGGAACUACGGAGGUCAUGAGGCCUCGCUCGCGAAAAAGGCAAAGGAGGCCGAAAACGCCAUCCUCGAGAAGGCAAAGGAGAUCGUCCCUGAGGCCAUCAAGGGUACUUCUAAAUAG